AUGGGCACGGACUUAGUCGUCACAAAGAAGGGUUACGAUGAAAAAGAGAAGCCGAUAAGUAGUCCAUUUUUUGAAAUUCGGGGAGCCGCCCUUAAUGAGUACGACAUCCUGGCUAAUCGCGCUUCACCUGACGGUCUUGCUACGUUGCGGAACGGGGGUGUCGAAGCCAAAGCGCUCAACAUUUUCAAAAUACCUCAGUAA